AUGUUUGGUAGAAUCAUCGUGGGCAGAAGAUACAUCAAAAUAAUAUUAUUAGCAGUUGUCCUUAUUCCUCUACUUCAUCAGCUAAUAGUUCUCAUAACUCGCGGUAAAGAACACACUGGAUACAACAUUCCCAAACUUCAGGAUAAAGUGCCCACUCUUCAAGGGGUUAAUGACUAUUUCAAAAAUAUCGGCAAUUCUGCGCAAAAUGCCACUGAAACGCCUGAUGAUAUUGUUGACGCUGGGGAGCCGGUGGUGAUUUAUCCUGAUGUGAGUGAUCCAGAAAUAUUGGCAGACUUGCCAUACUUGAAAGCUGAUGGUUCACUAAAUAAAUAUUUCUUCUCCAAGUUUGUCGAUCAUGAUGAUAACAAAAAGGCAAGAAAAGUGUUCCAAGAAAAUAAUAGAUUGUACGCAGACUACAUUAUGGAACCGAUCGACGAACCAAAGGUCGACAACUUGCAAAGACCAAGUGAGGACUAUAAAUUAGCCAAUGCCACAUUACUAUCUUUGGUGAGAAAUUCCGAAUUGGAUGGGAUCCUAUCGGCCAUGGAGCAGGUUGAGGCAAAAUUCAAUAGUAAGUUCCAUUAUCCUUGGACGUUUAUGAAUGAUGUAUCAUUCAGCAAGGAAUUCAAAACCAAAGUUAAGGCAGCCACAGAGAGUGAAGUUCAUUUCAUCACCAUUCCUAAAAAACUUUGGAAAAAACCAAUAUUCAUUGAUAAAGACCUUGAACAAAAAAAUAUUGAUUUGAUGUUGGCCAACGGUGUGGGGUAUGCCGACAUGGAAUCGUACCACAACAUGUGUCGUUUUUACUCCGGUACUUUCUACAAUAUCCCACAUUUGCAACAAUUUAAAUAUUAUUGGCGUGUCGAGCCUGACACUAAGUAUUUUUGUGACAUUGACUACGAUGUCUUCAAAUUCAUGCAGGACAAUAACAAGAGCUAUGGGUUCAAUAUCAACUUGUACGAUGGGCCAAGUAGUAUUACCAAAUUAUGGAACACCACCAUGGAAUUUUUAGAAGAACACCCAAAAUAUCUCAACCCGAACGGAGCCUUCCAGUGGUUACUUGAAGAUAUGCAGAACCCAGAAAAGAAUCAAAUAGCAGGCUACUCAACAUGUCAUUUCUGGUCGAAUUUCGAAAUUGCCGAUAUGGACUUCUUCAGAGGAGAAGCCUACAGCAAAUGGUUUGAACAUCUUGAUAAUUCCGGAGGAUUCUAUUACGAACGCUGGGGUGAUGCCCCGGUUCAUGCCAUCGGGUUGGGGUUGUUUGAAGAUAAAUCAAGGAUUCACUUUUUUAGGGACAUUGGAUAUCAUCAUAUGCCAUUUACCAAUUGCCCGAACAGCGACAGAUGCGAUUGUGAAGCAGGGAAGUUUGUGCCUUGGUUUCUGGUGGAGAAGGAAAAUUGUAUGGCCAAUUGGGUCAAAUAUGGGAUGUCUGAGGAUGAAAAGAACAUGUUUUAG